UCAGUCAGAAGACCCACCUCUGCUUCCUUACUACCUCCUUCACUGCUUGCCAUAACCACAUCUGCCUCACCUCUCCUCCCUCCCUUCUCCUCCCUCCUCUUCCUCCCUUCCUUCUCUUCCUAUUUUCUCUCCUAUACCAUCUCACCUGUGCUCAAGAUAGACAAAGGCUCUGCAAAUAGAGUAAAGUAAGGACAGAGAAAAGUAUUCCGUCCAAAGGAACAUGAAUUGGGAACUGGAUUCUUCUCCUUUAAGAGUGUUUUGGAGAUCAAAAGUGUGGGAUGAGAAAACUUCAACAUUUACUUCCGAUGAGAAUCUCAAGACUGUCAAAAAAAUGGGUGGCAAAAGAAGGCCUAGACCAAGACGCUCCAUCGACCUGGAAGAUUCCACUGAGCAGCUGAUUUCUGGUGACUUGGUCACAUUCCCCUGCUCUGUCUGCUACCAAGAACUGAACAAAGCUAGGAAUUUUCUACAUAAGAAACAUCACAAUGCUCUAAGUAUGCUGGGUUUCCAGUGGAUGGGAGGGAGGCAACCAAAGCCCAAACUGGUCAGUUUUCAUAGAGAGUGUAUAAUUUCUAAUCUUUUGAGAUCUUCUACAUACAGUGAAAAAGUCCUUCACAGUAUGAACUACGCAUUUGAGUUUCUUUGGAAGAAACAAGUUCCAUCAUACUUCAAACUUUGUGAUAAGGUUGGCGAGACUUCUACAUAUUCUCCAAACAGCAACCAUCUGAUGAUUAAAGGUAUAGCCAUCUGUAGCAAUAGUAAUUCAUCCUGGAAAGCUGAGCCGAACUGUAAAUUCACCGUCGUGAACGAUUUUGGUGAUAAGGCCAAUGUGUGCUUUUUCGGUUUAUUCGAUAGCCAUUACGGUUAUGCAGCAGCAGACCUGGCAUCAAAGGAGUUUCAGGUUUUACUUCUCCAUCAAUUGUCUAUACAGGAUCCUUCCUACCAAAUGACAGCUGAGCAGAAGCAACUCAUCAAUUCCUUUGACACUGUGUUCAGGGAAGAAUACAGAGCCAGAGAAGAGGCCUUCUCUUCCACAUACAAAACCUUCAGAACUAGUAGACGGGAGUAUGAAGAUACACACAAAGCCUUUGCAAAGGCAUUUUGGAGAAUGGAUAGGCUUCUACGGCUUGGAAGGAAUGAGACUUCCCGGGUUCGGUGGAGUGGCUGUUCGGCACUCACUUGUAUGUUAGAGGGUGGGGUUAAGAACCCACAUGCUAAUAAAGACUGGGAAAAAAACUAUCAGCAGGGUUCCACCAGUUUUCCCUUCCAGAAGACUCCACAGAUCAUAUCUGGAGUACUACACCUUGCAAAUGCUGGAAACGUGCAAGCAGUCUUAUGCAGAAAUGGAAAAGGGUUUUGCCUGACCAAGGAACACACUNCACGAAACACCAANGAAAGAAGAAGAGUCCUUUACAGCGAAGCAGUGAUCAGUUCAGAUGACCCCUAUGGCCUCCUGGACGGGCACAUCAAAACCACCAGGGGUCUUGGAUUCCAUGGAAACCUCAGANUAAAAAAGUCCAUUAUUCCAGCACCGCAAACAAUUUCUGUCCCUAUAGAUGAUUUAUGUCAGUUUCUCAUCUUAGNCACUAAUGGACUUUGGCAAGUUUUGGACAAGAAGGAAGUCACUGCACUGGUAAUCACCUUGUUUCAUGCAUAUAAAGAAACCCAUGUUCCUCGCCCUAAAAACAAACCCUGGCCACCUAUAGGCCUUCUUUCCCCACCAGACAGUAACAUCCGAGUGCUGUUCCAGUACCAGCCUGAAAAUGAAGACAUUAUGUCACCUGCAGAUGGAACGAAAGGGUUAUCUGACUCAAUAUAUGCUGAAGCUUACACUCAUCAAGGUAAAUCUNCAGAAACAUUUUCCCCCAAAGGGACCCCUUAUGACCCGUGCAGCACAAAAGAAAAUAACAGCUUACCCACUAUAGACAGUAAGCGGGAAAGUGAGAAAGAACUAUGUAUUAAGAAUUUCUACAAAGGUGCAGCUGAGUAUAUUGGCUGUGAACUUGUAAGNGCUGCAAUAGAAGGUGGUUCCAGAGACAGCAUCACUGUUAUGGUAAUGUUUCUCAAUGGAAGUGAGUAUCACAGGCUGACAUAA